GCUGGUAUUAUUCAUGGUGUUAAAACUGUGGAAGAAACAGUUGAGUUUCAAUAUUAUCAUCAUCUACACAAAACUAAUUUUGUCCAUAUUAUUAUUGCUAAACCAAAACCCCUCUUCCCUUCUAUAUAUUCCAAAGCCUGCCGCUCGCUCCCCUUUUCCUAUAUGAUCCAUUUUUCGUCUAUACACAUUACACACACAACACCAUAUCAACAAUCAAGAAAAUAAGUUUAUGAAGGAAGAUGGAUGAUUUUGUGACACGGCAAGCGAGUAUCAAGAGUGUCUUAACAUGCAUAAUAUGCAAAAACUUAUUCAAAGAAGUCACCAUUAUUGAAGAAUGCUGUCACAGAUUUUGCAAGAAGUGCAUAACCAGGACGAUUACAGAAGAGAAAUUGCAUGUUUGUCCAGUUUGCAAUCUGGAUCUAGGUGUUGCCCCAUUGCAGAAAAUUAGGCCUGAUAACCAAGUGCAAGAGAUUCGAAACAUAUUCUCAGCUAAAAGAAGAGAAUACAUUGAGCGUGGACUAAUCCAAGAUAGCUCGAAAAAAGGCGAAUCCAAAAAGUUAGCCCAUGAGGAUAAUAAUAGUGCCAACAUGCUCAUUGACAAUCCAUUGCCUACUGCAGCUGCUGUUGCUACAAGUUCAAGGAGAAAGGAGAAAUCUAUCUCUUCCUUAGUAAAUACUACACCUGUUGAUAAUCAAGUUCCGGUUCAGCAGAACGUUUUGACUACUGGAAGAAGAAGAAGCAGAUCGCGAAAUGCUAAUAACAAUGCUUUGCGAUUUCAAGAAUUGGCCAAAUUUUACAAUGUAGAGGUCAACCAGAUAAAGGGAGAUCAUCAGCCAGGAAGUUCAAACAUUCCUCUGUUUUCAGGCAAAGCAACUACUAAAAAUAAACAACAGGUUGAGAGUGCUGCUUAUGCUGCUGAGUCCUCAAAGAAUGAUGCUAUCUCAAAGAAAGGCAAAGGUACUGAACCAUUGGAUGGUAUGAAUGACCUAUGGGAACCAUUGAACACAUUGGUAACUGAUAAAGGUGCCACUUUAGCCAAUUCCAACAAAUCCAAGUUCACUGAGCCUGUUCUAAACUUCACUCCACUAUUCAAUCUUUAUGACGAAGAUGAAGAGGACGACGACGAAGAGGACGACGAAGAGUACGUGCCUUCUCCAAAAACAAGGGAACGCAAAGUUAGCAAACAGAAUAUUGUUCAUCAAAAAGAGGAAAAAAAAUCAAAUGUUGUUCCAGCUGCAGCAGCAGCACCAUCAACUAGUAAUAAUAAUAAUAAUGAUAAAGGAAAAGGGAAAAAGGGACGACGCGGCAGAAAGAAAAAAGAAACAAAUAAUAUUCCCGCUGGUGGUGGUGGUGGUGGAUUAUCAAAUAAUGUGGCACAAGUAGGAGUUGCUCAUGAGGCUGCAGCAACAAGCAGUGGUACUAGACUGAAUGAAAGAGUCAAUCCCAUUUGGUUCAAUUUGGUUGCAUCUGAUAAGCAGGAAUGUCCUUCACCUUUGCCACAGAUUUCUUCCCGCUAUAUAAAGAUCAAGGAUGCGAAUAUGCCUGUUUCCUACACAAAGAAGUACAUUGCACUAAAACUCAGUCUCCAGAGCGAAGACGAGGUGGAGCUUCGCAUGUUGGGCAUACCGUUGCGCCUUCCUGAGCAGCCACUGCGUCAACUAACAGAUUUGUGGUUACAUGCAGCACCUAACUCUGGAAUUAGAAAGGCAAAAGUUGGAGGUUCUGCCAAAGAUUUUUUGAUGGUUUUUACAUACGGGCGCAAAUCAUAAACCUCAGCGUUAAUAUCAGUAUUAUACUAUUUCAGUUUCUCCUUUGCUUAAAUAUUCAUUUGAUGGGAUAUUUGCAAGGAGAAAACUUCUUGGUGCAUGUUGUUGUUACCUUUGUAUGCUUUUUGUAAACUCUGCUGGUUUUGGUUGCUUGUUUUGUACCCCGUCUGUUGUUUAUUAAGAAUUAUACUCUAUGUUUUUGUUUAAUACAUCAUAUUAAGCCAAGACUUAAUAUACAAAAUGUAUUUUCAUUUUC